AUGGCUGUCAACGGAGGCGCCCUGCCUCCCGAGGGCACCUCGAGCAACGGAGGAGUUGUGGACAUGCUGUUGAAAAUGCACGAGGCUCUCGAGGUGGUGCACAGCCCUUCAUCGGGAAACGAUUCUCGCAGGCAGGCCCAGUCGUUCUUGGAAGAAGUCAAGGACGUCCCCGAGGCGCCCUUCCAGGGGUAUAGGCUGGCCUCCGACAAGACUCGUCCUCCCGUUGUUCGCCACUACGCCCUGUCCCUCCUCGAGCACGCAAUACGAUACAGCUGGUCCACGUACAGCCAAGAGCAGGCUGCCGCUCUGCGAGGUUGGGUGCUGGAGCUUAGCCAGGCCAUCUCGCGCGAGGAUCCAGCCUAUCUCAGGAAUAAGACGGCCCAGCUCUGGGUCGAGGUGGCAAAGCGGUGCUGGGGAGCCGAGUGGAUGGACAUGGAUGCCAUGCUCGUCCAGCUAUGGCAGGUGCAGGACUCGGCCGCCCACAAGGAGCUUGUCAUGUUCGUUCUCGAGACUCUGUCCGACGAGGUCUUUGCUGGGGACGACUCGGUCGUCGCGAUGAGAGAAGGCGUUCUUAGUAAGGCGUGCGUCGAAAUCUUCACUCCCGCGGCCGUCUUGACCGAGUCCUUCCCGAAUCGCCAGCCUGGCCCGGAUGUGCGGCAUGGCCAUGAGGGAUGGCUCAGCCGCAUCUCGGAAUUUCUCGGCUAUUGCAUCAACGCCCAUGCCAAGGAUAAUGACGAGGUCAAGACCUGCACCAUCAAGGGCUUUUCGGUCCUCCUAUCACUCAUGCCGUGGGCCAUACCAAAAGCCAUAGCCGCUGCGCAAUGCGUCACUGUCAUGACCGCCGGCUUGGCUUCACCUCACAUUGAUGUUCAAAAGGCGGCCUUGGAAGCCCUUCACUCUCUCUACGGCCGGGCGAACUUCAAUGACGAAGAGUUCCUGCAGCUCGUAGCCCCCAUGUACAGCGGCGCCUCCGUCCAACUGUGCAAGGGGCUCUUUGAGUGGGCAGUGGUGGACCCCGCAGACAUUGAUGAGGACAGGUAUCAGAUCGUCAAGAAACUGUCUGAGAUGCUCUCGUCCCUCGGUGACUACUUUGAACGCAAGUUCUCCAAGGUCCCUCCCGACGCGGCCAGCGCCGAGUUCCUGCAGCUUUUGGUACAGGUGGUUCAGAGCCCGAGUCUCAUGGUAUCCAUCCCUGUCCUCGUGACUUGGACCAGACUCCUUGGGCACAGAAAUGUUGGGAAUAGCGACCUCGUCAAUCAGACGGUUGGCCCGUUGCUAGACAUCUGCAGCUCCAGACUGGUUCGUUAUGAAAACGUGCCCGACGACACCGCCGAUACCACCUAUCUCUUCCUUAUGGAAGACACUGACACGAUGCCGGAACGUCAUGCAUUCCUGGGCAACUACCGGAGAUACAGCUGUCAGGUCGUUGAGUUAAUUGUCCAGCUCAAACUCGUGGAUGCCCUCAAACACAUACUCGGCGGUACCGAGUAUACCCUUCAGAAGCUCUAUGACGGGCAACCACCCUUUAGCAAGCAAAAUUACUCCAAACACUCCAUGCCCGCCCUGCGAGUCGACUCGCAACUUACUCUAAUUGAAGCGGCGUUAAAAGGGUAUAUGAGGUGGAAGAGAUAUCACCAGAAAGACAACGAACAGCAAGCUGCCGAGGUGGAGGGGAUCCUUGAGGCGUGGUGCGACAAGCUCCUCCAGAUGAGCUUUGAUGACCCGAUGAUUCGCAAAAGGAGACUGCAAUUGCUCGUUUAUUUCUCGACAACAGCCCUGAACAAGAACAAGGACUUCAUGCUCAAGGUCCUGGAACACAUCCUCAUGACCUGGCCGGCUCUAGAGCCCCAGUACCGCCCGUUCAACGAUGCUGUGAAGGACUUGCAAGGGGAGAGCAUGAUUGAGCUCCAGCGGCUGGCGGCUGAAAUGCCCGAUCACCUCCUUGGCGUAUAUGAGCACAUCGAAAGACGCGUCGGUGAGAUGAUGGCAUCGGGAGCCCUGGACGAGAAGCGGUCCCUCGCGUACAGGAGCUUUCUCUUCAUCAUCAUACAUCGAGCCGGCAGCCUCGACACGCAGACAAAGAUACAGAAGCUGUCCGAGUUUGUGGACCCGGUCAAGGCUCAGUGGCAAACCGACAACGUUAGGGCAUCGCUUAACUCAUAUUCAAACUUUUGCCAGUUUCUGGGCCUGGACAGGGCUCAGGCAUACUUGGCCAGCCGCAAGGCACACGAGAUCCCGGACUGGGGCGCUGCUGAGCUCGACGCUGAGGGUCUUGCGCUACAGAGCGAGCUUGAAGAACGUGUGAAGGCCUUGCCUUUACGACCUACGAAGUCGUUCCUCGCCUUCUCCGUAGAACGGCUGGACAAGGCUUCGCCGGCAUUCCAGGCCUCGUAUGCUUUGUGGCAGGAAGGAUUCUCGAAUAUAUUGGCCGACUUGCUGGAGUAUCUGAGAUUUGCCCACGCAACGCACAACCCGGAGAACUGGCUGGGCCUACCCGGAGAGAUGCGGCCGAUGGUGGGCAGGAUUUUGAGCGACCGCUUCUGGCAGGCGGGAAUAUCAGAAGGGAGCAAAGACGACUUCUAUGCCCGCGUGGUGGACAAGAAGAUGACAAUUGAGGGCUUGGCCUCGACAAUCCGCGGCUCGGUUCGUUUUGUUAGAGAAACGGCUUAUGCGGUUGUCUACUGCAUGAGUAAACUCGACCAGCAGUUUUACGGCUUCGAAGGCUUGUCUGGGCCACUGUCCAAUGCCUUGUUCGCCGAUUCCAUAUGGCUCUCGACUCAUCAGCAGAGCAACCUGCUCAACCUUGUCAGGUACUUGGUGGACGACUGUCCAGUCGAUCACCGGGAGCGCUUCCUGCCGGAGCUCAUGGCAUCGUGCUUUCGGCAGAUGGACGCCAAAAUCAACGGGGAGUGGGAGAAGAUGGAGCAGCAGCAGAACAUGGCAGCAGAUGGAGAGGCGGAGCUAAGAGAGGAGAUGAAGGCGGAGAGUAUCUUGCGCCAAGUCACCUACACUGCUGUCUUGAUGGUGGCAGACUUUCUCGACCCUACCAAGUCAAAUCCACCGACCUUGAAGUCUCGCGCCGAGAAAGAUGACGGCAAUGGAAAUGGCAGCUCUACCUUUCCGUCGCUGAGGAAGUUUUGCCUUUCCCGUCAGGAGAUUGUCGAGCCCCUGCUCGUCUUUUGCACGCACGGCAUACGGAUGAGGGACACACGCUGUUGUGGCAUGACGCUUCGCCUGUUCGUCUCUCUCGUGCCCGAAUUUCACCUCGCGUCGGCGAUCCGAGAAUACAUUUCUUCGGACGUGCUCAAGGCUUGCGUAACGUCUUUGCACGAGCCGUACUUUGUCGAAGUGCAGAAGGAACUGGCGUCGCUGAUUGCAGCCAUCCUGGUCUACUAUGGGCCCUCAACAACGACGCCUCGGAACGUGCUACUAUCGCUGCCCAACGUCGAGGCAGAGGAGCUGGAACGGCUUGGAGCUUACAUGGGGAAGCCGGGUUCGCAUACGCGCCAGCAGAGGGCUAUUGUUCUCGAUCUGCUCAAGGACCUCAAGGGGGUGAGUGUAUCGGAGAUGGGGAAGCUAGCCAAGAGCACGGGAUUCGGCAACGCGCCUCGUGGCAAGAGACAGACGCGAAGCAAAAUGGCGCAGGGAUUCAUGAGCGAGCCGAUGCCGUCUGCGCCUGGUGUCGCGGGGCCCCGUGGCGUUACGCCGGACGCUCUCGAAGGCGUGUCGAGUCUGUUUGAGAGCUAA